CGUACUUGUGCUUGUGGCGAUUAACUUUGGACGAGAAUCGGACGGAACAGAUCUGGGAUCGCGGAAUCCCUUGGCGCACAUCAUCGUUCAGGCACCAGGGUCCACGACGCUCAUCUUACUUCCACCCACCCUCAUUCGCCACUCGUGGGUGUGUCAGCCCUCUUUUGGGUCGCCUUACAGAGAACUACCUCCAAACACUCGCACAUUGACAACCCCGUCUCAGCCGCUCGCAGUUAAUCAGCAUGUCUGAACGCCAGGCAACGCCACCGCGAGCGACUCACUCAGCGGGUAAGCUUCCACCGAAUCCUCCUACUCCCGAGCAAAUCAGGCGCAUGGAAGAGGCCCGUCUGAAAGCAAAGGCUGCGGCGCAACAAGCGCAGGCAUCCCGACCGUCUCCGGCGCCUGUAGCAGGCGAGAAGCGCGCGUACUCCGCCAUUACUGCCUCUCAGACCCCAGCAACACUCCGAAAUGCUGCUGCGGCGUCACCCCCGAAACGCGACCAGAAUGGCUUCAUACAGCCGCCAGCCAACGACUACAUUCAACCUGCGAAGAAAUACGCUAGGUCAGACUUUAUCGAAUAUGACUUUAGUAAGAUGACGGAUACAAAGGGUGGUUUCUUGAGCACAGAAGAUGAUCCGCACAACAAGGCCAUGAGGAAAGGCCAGGCCAAGGAAGAACAGAAGCCCGAGGGCAUGACAAUGCCAGAGUGGGAGAAGGAGCGCAUACGACGAAAGCUGCGCGCAAACAGAGCCGGACCAUACGAGCCUGGCAUCUCCAUUCUGAACACUGUUGAUGGCAAAGAAGAGGAGGACGAGGAGGCUGCACUACUAGAAGCUGCCGAGAAUGCAGAAAUUGAGAGCGGCACUUUCAAAGGCAGAUACGGUGACGGCAAGCGCGAUGUCAAAGGCAAAUGUCGCGAGUGCAACAGUCUCGAAAUCGACUGGAAAUGGCAGGACAUCUUCAACGUUGGCGUCUGCAACAUUUGCAAAGAAAAGUACCCUGACAAGUACUCUCUCCUCACCAAAACUGAAGCGCGAGACGACUACCUCCUCACCGACCCAGAACUAAAAGACGAAGAACUCCUCCCCCAUCUCGAGCGUCCAAACCCCCACAAGCAAUUCUUCCACCCCAUGCAGCUCUUCCUCCGCCUCCAAGUCGAAGCUUACGCCUUCAGCCCCGCAAAAUGGGGCUCCCCCGAGGCCCUAGACGAAGAAUACGCAAAGCGCCAAGUCAUCAGCAAAGAGCGCAAGCAAAAGAAAUUCAAAAACAAACUAGAAGACCUCAAGAAGCGGACCAGAGUCGAGGCGUACAAGCGCGCCAGACUCGCCGGUGACGCCGACGCCCAGUUUGGACAGAAGAUCAAGGGCAGAUACGAUAGACAUGAGCACGAGUGGGGCAGGAGCGUCCUCGAUCCCGAGACGGGCAUGACGAGGAAGCGCUGCGAGGAGUGCGGCAUGGAGGUUGAAGAGCUGGAAUUCUAGCUCGCUGCAACAUGUAUUUCUCAGAUUGUGAUACCCUCUUGUAACUGACAUGUUGAACCGCAUCGUUUACUCUUUUACCUCUAUUUCUAUAAACAGGCUUCAUCUAAUAGCACGUAAUAAAC